UUAACUCGAAAAGGAUACACUUAUGUCAACAUUAUAUAAUUUUAGUUCGAAUUACAUCAGACACCUUUUUAUAGUUUCUAUCGAUUGAAAUGUGCACCUCGCGUAGGAAACAUAUUCCACAGGUGUUAACAUAGUUUUAGUUCUAUGAAUAACAUUUUACGUUUCGUGUCAACAUUGUUUUGUAACAUUAAUUUGAUAGAAAAAAUUAUAAACGUUCUAUUUAAAUAGUCACAUAUACACGAGGCUUGGAAACGUAUCUGUACUGAUCUGUACUGUGUCCUAAUCCUAGCACACGUGCUUUUCUCAGAUUGCAUAACCUAGAUCAUGUUACACAUCCAAAAAGGAACUGAACAGAUUGAUGGUUACAGAUAAUAUUUAAACGUUCUUAUGUACUUUAUAGUGUACAGUAAUUUAUUACCUCGUUUAUACCAAACAGAAGAAUUUCAGUAUUAUAUUUAGAUAGUAGCAAUUAGCUUCCAUAAAGAUAAAUAAAAUGGUCUCUCAAAUAUUUGAUGAUUCUCCUAAAGAUAUAAAGUUGAUUAACUCAGAUGAUGAAUCUCAUAAUUAUAAACAAUCUGGUAAACAAGCUAGCGGAAUGGAAAAAGUACAAAUGAAAAAACAACUUGGCCUCUUAGAGGGUGUAGCAAUUAUUUUGGGAAUCAUAUGUGGUUCUGGUAUUUUUAUCUCCCCGAAGGGUAUAAUCACAGAAGUAGGAAGUGUCGGAGUCUCUUUAAUUGUUUGGGUUUUGUGUGGUCUACUUUCUAUGGUCGGAGCAUUGUGCUAUGCCGAAUUGGGUACCUGUAUACCUCGCAGCGGCGGCGAUUAUGCUUACAUUUACGAGGCUUUCGGUGAUUUAUCUGCCUUUCUGUACUUAUGGGCUGCCAAUUUAAUAUUCGUACCAACUACAAAUGCGAUCAUGGGACUAACUUUCGCACAAUAUGUUUUACAACCAUUUUUCCCUAAUUGUUCUAUCCCAGACGAUAGUGUACGCUUGCUAGCAGCAGCCACCAUUUGUCUACUUACAUUUGCAAAUUGUUAUGAUGUGAAGGAUACAUCGAAAAUGCAAAAUGUAUUCAUGUUUGCCAAGAUUGGUGCAUUAGUAAUUAUAAUUAUCACCGGGUUGAUUUGGGUAAUGUUAGGACAUACAGAAAAUUUUGAGAAUGCUUUCGAAAAUACAAUUACGGAUCCUGGCAAAAUAGCAGUAGCUUUCUAUUCUGGUAUAUUUUCAUAUUCCGGGUGGAAUUACUUAAAUUUCAUGACUGAGGAACUAAAAGAUCCUUAUGUAAAUUUACCACGAGCUAUAUAUAUAUCGUUGCCUUUAGUCACACUUAUUUAUGUAUUGGCAAACGUAGCUUAUUUAUCAGUUUUAACACCAACUGCGAUGAUUGCUUCUCAUGCGAUUGCUGUGACUUUCGGUGAUCAAGUCCUUGGCAUAAUGGCGUGGACAAUACCUGUUAUGGUAGCAAUAUCCGCGUUUGGUGGAUUAAGUGUACAUAUUAUGACAUCCUCGCGAAUGUGCUUCGUCGGUGCUAGGAACGGACACUUUCCUUCGAUGUUAAGUCAUAUUAAUGUUUCACGAUUUACACCCACACCGGCCCUGGUUUUUCUCUGUAUAUUAUCUUUAACGAUGCUGUGCACGAGUGAUAUUUUUGUACUAAUAACAUAUUGCAGUAUAGUCGAAUCGUUUUUCAUAAUGCUCUCUGUAGCUGGUGUUCUAUGGCUUCGUUAUAAGAAACCAAAUAUGCAUCGACCAAUUAAAAUGCCUUUGUGGAUUCCUAUCACGUUCGUAGCCAUAUGCGCGUUUUUGGUAUUCGUUCCCUGCUACGAAAGACCGUACGAAGUCGCAAUCGGGGCGUUAAUAACUUUGUCCGGGGUUCCAGCGUAUUUCAUUGGAGUUGCGUGGAAAAACAAACCCGUAUGGUUUCAGAAAUUUAUUCUUGAAAUUACUUAUAUUAUACAAAAAUUAUUUAUGGCUGCCAAGGAGGAGCAAGAUUCUUUAUACAAUUGAAUGGAAAUUUGAAACUGAAUUGGAUCACGUACAAUUGAAACAUCUCAUUCUAAUAUUAACUACAUGAACAAUGACAACUCGUGUUACGCUAUUGUCACAUGUGUUCUCAGUCAGUGUACGUUCAAAUUAACGACAUUGCUGUCUACAUCAUAAGAGUAAUUGUCUAUAGUUACCGAGCAUUAUUUAUUUAAAUAAUUUAUUAUGUGU